UUAUUUAAAAAUCUCUUAUUUAUAUUUUAUUUACAACAAAACGCGCACACACACUCUCCCUGUUACGCCACUCCAAAGCUGCGGCCGGCCGGUCAAGCCCUCAUCGACGUGAAUUGUGAUGGCUUCGAAACGAAUUAAUAAGGAAUUGAAGGACUUGCAGCGUGACCCGCCAGCUUCAUGCAGUGCUGGUCCAGUUGCUGAUGACAUGUUCCAUUGGCAAGCAACAAUCAUGGGCCCAGCUGAUAGCCCUUUUGCUGGUGGCGUGUUUCUUGUAUCAAUUCACUUUCCUCCGGACUAUCCAUUCAAGCCACCCAAGGUUUCCUUCCGCACAAAGGUUUUCCAUCCUAAUAUCAAUAGCAAUGGCAGCAUUUGUCUCGACAUUCUUAAAGAUCAGUGGAGUCCUGCCCUUACCAUAUCUAAGGUGCUUUUGUCAAUUUGCUCCCUCUUGACCGAUCCAAACCCAGAUGAUCCGCUGGUUCCUGAGAUUGCUCAUAUGUAUAAGACAGACAGAGCCAAGUAUGAGACUACUGCUCGGUCCUGGACUCAAAAAUAUGCGAUGGGUUAGGGCUACGGACAAGUGUGGUUUGUCGUAUUAGUAAAUAAUAGACGUCUCUGGAUCGGCUUUGCUGUCUUUGUUUUCAAACACAUGUUAUGGGAGUUUUCUCGUAAUGAGACAUUUAAUAGUAGUGGUAUACUAAUGUGAAGUUUUUUGGAGAAAAAAAAAGUAGCUUAUAUGAUUUGUUUUUUUCUGUUCUUUUAUUUAAUGAAAUGUUUGGCGUA